AUGACUUCACGCGGGCCGAAGCCACCUAUAUUUCUACCUCCACCCGACCCAACCCUUCAAACCCGUCCAGUGCCGCGCGAACGACACUUUGCCGUGAGGUCUUUUGGUCCAGGAAGUCUUCCUGUAACUCAACAGAAUUUCCUGUCCAUUGACGAAUUGAAAAAACUGUCAGUAGAUGCCAGUGCCAGUAGAAAGAAGUGGGGAAAUGUCCCUGAGGACCUCUACAAACUGCUUAUGAGUGAGAGCAACAUGAGCAGGAUGGAUUGGCGUGAAGAUGGUCUCGUUACUGGUGAGCCGACUUGGGGUCCUGUCAUCGUCGUUACUGCGUACUCCGAGAAGGCUAGCGAAAAUCUGGACCAAGCUAUUACAAACCUCGUCGAGACUAUCCACCGCUAUUUCCUUCGUUAUCCUGAUGCCACAUCGUACGCUUCUGAGGCAUUCAAACGUCUCGAGCUCAAGGUUCUUGCAGACAAAGACUUAUUGGAAUAUGCCUCCGACGAUCGAGUCAGAGAGGAAUUCAAUGCCUACGUCCGUACUCUGGGGCUCUUUCCCGCCGACUUACGCUGGGAAAAGCAAGCUCAAAAAUGGUUCAAAGACAAUCUUAACAGACCCUCUGGUCCUCAACGCUACGGUUUCUGUAUUGUGCUAGAUGAGGAAACAAUCGGAAGCCUUGCAGGAAUUACUUUCUCUGAUGAUCUCGACAGGGAUAAGAAACUCUUCAAGGGUAUUUUUCUUAAAUUUGUCGAUCGUGAUUGGAGAUAUCCAAAGGAGGGGGAUAACAAAUAUGGGCUUGAUCCGACAGUAGCAGAAGUCUAUAAAGGGAUAGACAUGUGUCCUCUUUUUGACUUGCCGUUGAUUUGCGCAGAGUACUACUCGUUUGCCGGUCUUGACGAGAUGUUUCCACUGCGCGAUUAUUGGAAUUUUCACUAG